AUGGGCGGUGAGCAGAGAAAGAUUUGGGAUAGUGUAAAAGCUGCUCAUCCGGAUCAGAAGUUGUGGGAAAUCGGGCGCAUCAUCGGACACCUAUGGCGGGAACUGCCGGCUAAUGAAAAGCAGAAAUUCAUGGACGAGUAUGAGGCAGAAAAGAAAAUCGAUUCACGCAUCAUGUUGCCACCUUGCGACAUCACGGAAGACGUUGCCAUCGUAUUUUCCAGGAUCUGCAGUGAACAGCAACUCAUUUCAGAUGAACCGGAACAUUUUACGGAUCGACAACUGGCCGCUGCCCGUUAUCAGAGGAAUCAACGAAUGUUGUUGGAAAUAUUCAGCGAUGUCUGUAUUCCGGAUCAACGUGGCAUAAUGACUACUACCCGUUUGCAGAACCUGCAGCGCCAGGUGGAAAGCUUGACCAUGCACAAGGUAUGUAUACUUUGGUAG